GGUCAGUUCCCUGUUUUGAAAACACAUUCCAAACACAUUUUUAGAUUUUUACUGAUUUCUGUACUUAUCCGUAAUCAGUAGUUUCGGCCUUCCUGGGAAUUAGAUUAACUUAUCGCUGAAGUCCGUUUGGUAUUCCGAUUCAGACCAGCCUGUGAUUCCAUUCGCGUGCCAGGCUCUCUUAAGGCUCUGAAAAUAUCUCUUCGUUUGUGCUAUCGCAGGAUAAUCAAAACUGAUUAGCUCAAAGUUUCUUAUCAAGCGGAACGAUUAACAUCGCAAUCGGGUGUGGAAUUCGUAGAUUGGAGUUCAUGUGGGUUCAUUAGGUUGACAGACUCGAACGAGAGAAGAGUUGCAUUUACCAGCUUCCUAUUUUGGCUUUUAAAAUGACUACUGAAAUAAAUAAAGGACCCCUACUGGGUAUGCGCCAUGUCCAAGUUAUCUUGAUUUUCCUCAACAUCACCUGCCUCUACAUAGGCCGCCUCAAUGUGGGUGUUUCCGUGGUGGCCUUGACGAAUUCGGAUUCCACAAACCCCAAUUUCACAGAGUAUGACUGGACCCUGACGCAGAAGUCGUACAUUCUCUCCAGUUUCUUCUGGGGCUACAUAUUCACCCAGUUCCUGGGAGGAUAUCUGUGCAAGCGGUUCGGCGUAAAGGGCGUCAUGUUCUGGGGAUCCCUGAUAUCCGGCGUAGCCAGUGGACUGACGCCCCUCUUCAUUCACUUUGGCAGCUGGCAAGGCUACUGCGGCAUCCGAGUGGUAAUGGGUCUUGCACAGGGACUGAUAUUCCCUUGCAUCCACCAGCACCUUGCCAGGUGGUCGCCUCCGGCAGAGAGAAAUCGCCUAGGGGCUCUUAGCCACACCGGAAUCGAGUGCGGCAACGUGUGUGCCAUGUUCUUCAGCGGAAUGAUCGCGAAGAGCUCGCUGGGCUGGCCUGGAAUCUCUUACAUCUCCGCCGGAGUGGCCUUCGCCUGGUGUGCCUUCUGGGUGUUCUUUGCCGCCAAUAACGCCACAGAGUCUCGGUUUAUCGGGGAGGCAGAGCUGCACUACAUCGAGUCGUCUCUGAAGCACAACGAUGACUACCAUAAGACCAUUAUUCCUAUUCCCUGGAAGGCCAUCUGUACCUCGGCCCCGUUCCUGGCCCUCCUGGUGGCCCGCUGCACUGAAACCUGGGGCCUAAGCACCCUGCAGGCGGAAAUUCCCUCCUACAUGAACGGAGUCCUCGACAUGGACAUGAAGAGCAACACCUUUUUCUCGGCUCUGCCCUUCCUGGCCAUGUGGUGCAUGUCCUACGUGUACCUGGUGGCAGCCGAUAUCAUCUUGGCCGGAAACCACUUGAGCCUCACGGCUCUGAGGAAAACCAUGAACUCGUUAGCCUUCUGGAUUCCUUGCGCUACCCUGAUUGGCAUCGGGUUCCUGGAGAAGGAGCAGAAGAAUCUGGCCAUUGUUUUGAUGACCAUCAGUGUGGGUGUCAACAGUGGUGCCACCAUCGGAUCAUCCCUUAACACCAUCGAUCUUUCGCCCAAUCACGCCAGUAUCCUGAUGGGAAUUGUAAACACUGCUGCCAAUAUGGUGCCCAUAGUUACUCCACUGGUUGUGGGCUUUAUUGUACAAGAUGAGGACAACCGCUCGGAGUGGCAAAUAGUGUUUAUUAUAGCCGCAGUGCUCUUCUUUAUCGGCAAUUCCGUCUAUUUGAUUUUAGGCUCCGCUGUUUCCCAGCCCUGGGACGCGGAGGACUUCCUGCAAUCCCCACAACCGGAACUAGCCAUAAAGCCAUCUCCUAUGGAAAUAUCAUUCAUAAAUAAAAGCAACGAUUCCGCCCAAUCUUUGGAUAGAUAAUUUAAAUAAUAUUUAUGCGAAUAAAACAAUUUACGUUACUAGUACUUUU